CAGAACACGAAAAGGGGCUAACAGUUGCUAUCAACGAAAAUGGGGAAAUUAUGAAGACAGCAGCUGGGAAUGUUACAAAUAUGGAAGUGGAGCAAACUCCAAGCAAUGCAGAUGUAUCCAAAGAAAUCAUUUGUAGAUUAUGCAAUACAAGAUUUGCUACCCAGAAAACACUAAGCGUCCACCAACGAACACAGCAUGGCUAUGAAAGAAAUAUAUAUUGCUGCCCCAUCUGUCAAACUACCUUCCUCAACAUCUUGUCUGUUGUCAAGCAUUUACAAAAAGUUCACAAGAAAACGAAAACUCAAAUAGAGAGAUUAAGAAAAGUCAUAAAGAAGAAUAUGUACAAGAAAAUGGUAUACCAAAGAGACGAGUUCAAAGACCAGGAGGACCUUGAUAGGUCAAAUGACAAAGCAGAGCUAGAGAAGGAGGAGGAAGAGGAUGAAGGGGAGGAGGAAGAAGAGGAGGAAGAGGAAGAGCAAGAGCAGGAUCAGAACCAGGCCGAAGAAGAAGAGAGAGAGGUGGCUGAGGUAGAGGAAGAUGCUACAAGUGAACAGCCUGCGAAGAUGGAAGUUGAUAGCAAUCCACAGAAGGGGAACAGCGCAAACACCACACCCAAGAAUUCUCCUGUCAAAUCCACACUGAAAGGGUCGAGGUCCAAAGAGGGAGUGCGUUGGAUGUGUAAUGUGUGCCUCAAGAAAUUCAUUUCACGGCCGGCAAGUUUGGCUCAUGUGGCCACACACAUCAUCUGCAACUUUGAGCCCAAGGCAGUUUUGAUCCAUGUAGAUAGAGAUGGACAAAUCCUGCCUAACCAGGUCACAGGAUUAGAAACACUGGAAAGAAAUCAGCACAGCAGAAUAAGAAGGAAUAGCUUUGAAGAUGAUAAUGAUGAAGAGAUGGAGGCAGAAGAGGAGGAGGGGGAGGAGGAGGAGGAGGAAGAAGAAAACAACAACAAUGAAGAGGAGGAUGUUGAUGUUGAAAGAGUGGAUGAUGGCGAGGAAGAUAACAAUGAAGUGGAUAAAGUGCAUAUUAGUAAUAAGUCACAAUUCCGAAGGGAGGGGAAGACCGUGGAGCAGAGUUCCAUAGUAGGUAGAAGAAAAAAUAGAAAAGGUGUUGCUAGAAAGAUAAAGCCAGAAAGUGUAGUAUAUGAGACAGAAAAUGAGACGCUGUUGAGACUACAAGGUGCUUCAUGUAGUUCCAGUGAGGAUGAAAAGGAAGUUCGAAAAAUUCAUUCAUCCAAGACUAUUUCUCCUGUAAAAAUAGAAAAGGGAGAUAGUUCACAUGUAUCCUCUUAUUCUAAAGUGAAAAAACAGGGGAAAGUUAAUACUAGUGAAGGUAAAAAAAUAAAAACAGUUACAAGCAGUAAAGAGAAUAAAACAAUGAAUAUAAAACAGCAGAAAGUGGUACUAAACCAGUACUUAUCCAAAACAGAACUUGCUGGGCGAAAUAAAUCAAAGGAAAAUUCACCGAAAACGGACUUGACAGUCCAGCCAUCAACUUCAACUUAUGAAGGUUCAGCGACAAAUAGUUCCACGAAGAAACCUGAGCUCAAAAGUACAGAUUACUCGAGAAACCAAAGUAGUCCUUUAAGAGCAAGCUGGAAAGAUCAUUCCGAGGAGGAAGUACACAAGGUAGCAACGCAACUCCGACUCUUUGAAGAAGACUGGAGCAGGAGUGAGUCAUCAACCUCUGACAGUGAGGGUGAGGAAGACCAGUUGGAUGAGAGAAAUUCCAACGAGGGAGGUGAGAACAGCGAACCAGAACAAGGGAGCAGCUUGGAAAUUGAUGUAGUACCAAGCAUGAGGGCAAAAAGUAAAUGUACUUAUGAAGUAAAAAACAUAGACAACUUGCUAGAAAGGAGUCAGGAUGCUAUUGAUAUAAUAUGUGAAAAGAAUUACCUAGCAGAAUCAAGAUUAAACAGAGAGAAGGUGAUCCCUGUUCCUCCUUUGGGGGAAACUUGUUUACCAGGUCCAAGAAAUGCAAGUGAGGAUCAAGGCAGUGAAUGUAUCAGAUCCCCUGCACAGGAAGAAGAGGAGGUGAUGCCAAGAUUGACAGCCAUUUGGGCAAAUGAGAAGGACAGCAUGUCUGAAAAAGACAUUUUAAGUAAAGGUAAAAGUAAGGAGACUGGGGAUCCUUCAUACUCCUUAAGUCAACCAGAGACAACAGAAUUCAAAGUAAAGGCAGAAGAAGAAAAGGAAAAAGUAGAGGAAGAGCCUUCCACAGUGGUUGAAGAAUUGCACAAAAAAAUGGUUACAAAGCCAGGAUGUCAACUAGACAGGGAAGAGGGUACAAACAAAGACAAAAUUACCAUUAAGGAAGAAAUUACGCUUAAGGAAGAGCCCCUAAUUGACGAAGAUCAGGUGGAGUUGUUCCAGGUCAGAGUAAUGGUUUCAGAAGAGGACAUCAAAAAGGAAGAUGAAUCAGAAAGUCCAAAGAAAAAAGAAGGUACGGGCAUGGAAACAGUUGUGAUAAGUGAUGAUGCAGAUGUAGCUGAAAGACCCAUGGCAAGUUCUGGUGGUUGGAAUCUCCUGGGUUUUGAUUUACCAGUUGAUGAAGUCAGAGUUGAGGAUGUAAAGGAUGAGAUUGAAAAACAAGUUGAUGAUGGAGAGAGUGUUACAGGUUUGGGUAGUUCAUGCAGAGUGCCAGCGUCCAUUGUUCAGACUACCGUAACGAGUAUGACCUCAAGAGCUAAUGCGACAAAAUUGGCUUCAGCACCUGUUCUGCACUCCAAAGCCUAUAAUUUAUGUGAAAAGUCAGACGGAACAUCCAAACCACAAACCGAGACACCAAAAGUGAAAGAUGAUACCUCUUCCCAAGUCAAAGCACCUGAAAUGUCUGGGAAAUCUGAGAAAUUGGCAGUUUCUACAUCCACUGACAGGAAACCUUUCAAGACAGUGACCUUAGUGAGACCAAAGCAUAUUUCAGCUUCAGGUUCCAGGUCAAAUGUACCAUUUUUCAGUAAGUGUAGAAACACUUUUCCAGCUUCAAAGACAAGUGAGAGUGAAGUAGCCAGUGCAAGCCGAGAAGUAUGUUCAGAUUCAGUUAGCUUACCAAGCACUUCUUCAGAAUUAACUAGUCCAUUAAUAGCAUCAAACAGUCAGACGAAGCCCUGCCCUGCACCUGCAAUCAGUCCUAUUUUAGCUAAAAACCCUGAAAUAGAUAAAGUAUGUAAACCCCCUGAAACUUUUGCAACAUCAACCAAAUCCUCUAAGUCCCAUCAAGAUGAGAAUAAAACAGAGAGUAAAACCAAGUUGGCAGGUGACUCUCCCUACACUAAGAUGGACUCAGCAUCUGGAGAACAAAUUCAAGUUUCUUCAGGUUGCCCACAGCAGCUCAAAAUGCAAAAGGAAGCCACAUCACCGACAUCACCUUGUACCAUUGCCCAUUCUAUAUCUACCCUACAGACCCAUGUCACCUCAACCCCCAUACAGGUAACUUUAACCAGUGCAGCUAGUGGAUGGGAAAAGAAAUCUGAUAAAGUAUCAGUAACACCAUCAGUUAGUUCAUUGUUCAUUCAACAAAUGUCAGAGGAGAAAUCAUACAAACCUAACCUAGAUAUCAAGACCAGAAGUGUACAGAAUGUAUCUGGACCACGUAAAUCUGGUCUCAUAACUAUCUCCAAAGUUACAAAGAAUGUUUCUCCUUCCACCGAGGCAGAGAAUGUAAAAGGGACUGAAUUACAAGCUCAUUUUUCAGGCUCAGAUACGCAGGAUAAACCAGGAAAAUCAGUAUCUCGUUGCAGUUUACAGGCUGACAGUCUUGCUCAAAAGAUACUUACAGUGAAAUCUGCAGAAUUGGUGGUUUCAAGAAAAGGAAAAGACAUUGUGGUCACUAGGAAAAGUAAUUUGGAGUCCUUGCAAACCACAGAAGACAAAAUGUACAAGAGGAAACAAGAGGAACAGCUUGACUCAGAGACAACUCAAGCUGCAGGAGAAAAAUUGACUGAAAGUGAAAGUGAAGGGAGACAUGAUGCCGAAUCUUUAUCCCAAGAGAGAGACAGGGACAGCUUAAAGCUGAAAAUCAAAGAUUUGGCCCCAGAGGAGUGUGUAGCUGUAAAAACUUUAGUUGGAAUCUCAGAAAGAACCACAAAAAUGGAUAGUGUGUCCAGCAGCAUUGGAGAAUCUCAUUUAACUUUAGAAAAGCCUUUAGAUCAUAGAAAGACAAAGUUGAGAGAAGAGUCUCACUCUGAUGCAUCCCCAUCAUGUAGCAUGCCUCAUAGAGACAUCCAGACGAGUGUGUUGAAGGAAGAAGAGGGAAACAAGGUAAGCUCAGAAGCUGAUGUCAGCAAGCUUCCUGCACUGGUGAAGAAUGCUAGCAAAGUUAAAGUUCAAGAUGUAGGGAACAAAAGUGAAAAUAUCAGCAUUAGUUGGACAAGACAACGGCCUGAAGAGAAGAUCAAACAGUAUGGUGGGAAGAUGAAGGAAGAUAAUAUGAAAUAUAGGAAGCGCAUUAGACAAAACCAAGAUGAAAGGCAGAAUGUUCUUCUGGGAAAGAGCAAAGAAGAGGGAAGUGCCAGAGGUAAGGAGAUAGACUUACCAGUAGUUGCAGGGGAAGAUGCAGGAGUCGAUCUAGUCCAGCCACACAAAUUCAAGCUAAUCGGGAUGAAGGAAGAAGAGGAACAUCCACUCGAUUGUGAAGAGAUGUUCAGAAAAAUCCGUCACAAAGAGAAAAAGAAGGACCAGAAUAAAAAACUCUGGCAGAUGGUGAUGGCAGCUAAGGCAAGAGCCAAGAAAGAAGUGGAGAAGAAGGACAGUGAUACCCCUUCUGACGGAGCUCAGGUCAUGGCAGGUGAUGCAGGAGUCUCUGCAGAAGAGCUGACAAAGGAUCAUGUUCUUACACUUUGGUCUGGUGAAUCCAAGGAAACUUCCACCAAGAGAGAAAGGGGUUCUGCUGAUCAUCAAGGGAGUGAACUUGAGGAGAAACCUUUUUAUGUUAAAAGAGCCAAGAUUACACAGUGUGCAGGUGAGGAGAAUAAAGCCGAUGAAAUAAGGAAAGUGGUUCCUGGUUUAGAUCAAUUGAAAAGUAGUUCAGCAAACACUCCGUGCAGAGUCCCAGAUGAUGCUGGAAUGAGCAGCAGUGAAAGAACAUUAAUUCCAAAAGAGACGGAGGUAGUGAGUCUAGAAAGUGAAGUCAGUGAAUCUCUGGACCCAGUGUCUGCAGCAGAGGUUGACCUCAUGACAACUCUGGAUCAGAAUGCAGUCAUGCGUGAUGCUACAACUUUUGGUGACCUAAGCUAUGAUUAUGAUCUGCAGUGAUUGGGAGACGAAAAUGACAAUGGAUGUUCCUCCGAUCAUCGUUGUGUUAAAUGCGACCGUAGGUUCAUGACAGCUUCGGCUUUGUUGUCGCAUGACAAGUUCUGCUCUCUGCUGCAGAUGAGGCCCGACAUCCCUCCAGAGA